GUUCACAACAAUAAUCGUAGAUAAAGAAAACAUCAAGUGCACCAAACUAGUCACAAGUGCAACAAAAUGAAACUCAAACUCCUUUUAUUUCUUCUCUAUUUCGCCAAAGUCAAAACAACCGAACCCGAAAAUUUGAAAAAACCCGUCUCGGGAUUCUUGUAUAGCAUGCCAAAAGUUUUGCAAGCCGGAAGAAAUGAAACGGUUUGUUUAUCACUCCAUUCGUCAUCCUUCACACCGAUUAAAAUAACCGUGGAUUUGAAAAUCAAACAAGCACAUUUUUACACAAACAGAAUCAUAGAUUCAGAACACACAUGCUUCGAAAUGCACGUGCCCGUAAACACAAAAAACGAAGCCCAAUUUGCAAGUGUCAGGGUUGAAAUACAAACAAACGGGACCGUCCUCUCAGCCCAUAAUCAGGACCCCAUCGUCAUUUACCCCAACAAGAAAAUUACGUUCAUUGAAACCGAUCGAAUGACGUACAAAUCCAAAGACACGGUCAGGUUGAGAGUGCUAACACUGGGAAAUAACUUGCUCCCGAUUUUAACACACAAAAUAGCGUUUGUUCGAAUCCGGAACCCACUGGGUGUGGGGGUGAUAGUCUGGGAAAACGUCACCACGGAGCUGGGGCUGGCCCAGCUGGAGUACCAACUCCCCCAAGACCCGAUUGAGGGCAAAUGGAAAGUAGAAAUCGGCGAAGAUUUUCGCGCCUUCGAGGUCAGCAAAUAUGUGCUUCCCCGAUUUAAGGUCCAGAUUUUACACCCGAAAAUAAUUUACAUCGGGUCACGUGUCGCAAUUAAAGUCUGUGGCCGAUAUUCGUACGGAGAAAUGGUCAAAGGAAGUGCUUUUAUCCGCCUGUCGAGUAUUUUCCCCAACUUUAAGACUUUUCAGUCACUGAAAAAAAUGGAUGAGGGUUGUGCCGAAUUUGUGCUAACUCCGACCGAUUUUUCCUACUUCAGCAUCAAAAAAUUGUUCCCGUUGAGUGACCCGAAAAUUAGUGUUUUGAUCACAGCAACGGUCACUGAAUACGGGACUGAUAAAAUUGAGUUAGAUGCUACCAAAAGUGUGAUUUCGCUAAAGCCUUACGGCCUCAAGUUUGCGAAAAAAGCCAUGUUCAUGCCAGGUUUGCCGUACCAAGGAUUCCUCCAACUGAACAAUGUUAAUAUGGACUUGAGGGGUCAAGUGAUUGAGAUUUGUUACAACAUCGCGAUUAAGAAAAGUUGGAAUUAUUUAAACAACGAGCAAUGUUCCAAUUUUACGCUGCAAGGGAAUGAAAAACUGAUCCCCUUCCAUAUUUUACCCUUGAAAAAUAACGUGAUACAUUUGCAGUUAAAUGCGCGAUCGCUGAAUUUCACAAACAUCGUCGAUAACUUCCUAGUGGUGCGAUUAUUUUCGCCCAGUUUGACCUACAUCACGAUUGAUCAAAUCCACCAUUUCAACAACUGUAAAUCCAUUCAGCAAUUCGCAGUGCAAUACACGACCGAAAAAUUGAAAGAGCACGAAAAUGUGACUUUUUUUUACAUGAUUAAAUCACGAGGCCAGAUCUUCAAAUUGAGAAAAAUCACACAUAACGUGCGGAAAUCGUCCCCGAAUUACUCCACCGAAUUCAAGGAUAUCCUAGGAGCGAGCCACAAACACACCAAAGCGAGCUCAAUCGCCAAAUUCACGCUGAAAUUCAAACUGGACGAGAAAAUCUUCUCCAACUACCAACUCCUGAUUUACUACGUAACACCCGAGGGCGAAUUAGCUUCGGCUAAUAAAGAAGUCGAGGUCGAGCCUUGCCUCAACAAUAAGGUCGAAGCAAAUUGGUCCCACAAACAAAUCGCUCCGGGAGCAACCGCCUCGCUACUAAUCGAAAGCAAAUCCGAGUCACUUUGCUCGGUUGUAACCACCGACAAGGCGGUUACGUUCAUGGACGAUUUGCGUUUCCUGAACGUAAAAUCGCUGCUUAAGCCGUUCUUGCAGCAAAAGGAGGCGCCAGAAUCGGGCCGAAAAUCGUGUCUUCCCCCCGUGAAGAAAAACCGCAGGAGACGAUUCGUUUACUCGUUUUCGGAAGAUUUUGACGCGUACGAUAUUUUUGAAAAAUUCGGGAUUGUGACCAUUACGAACUUUAAGGUCGUCACAAAGCCCUGUUACACAGGACCUAUUCCGCCAACUGAAGACCCAGUGUCUUCACUCACUGAUCAGUACGACACGCAAAAUGAAGACAACAUCACUCCAAUCAGGUCCUUUUUUCCAGAGACGUGGCUCUGGGAAAUUGUCCCAGUCAGGAGCGUGGCAGUGAUCCACCGCACUCUACCUCACACUAUCACCACUUGGAUGACCAAUGUGAUGUGUGUUUCGGCCACUGAAGGCGUUGGGUUUAGUAAAACCGGCGAAAUUACAACGUUUCGACCAUUUUUCGUGGACAUCCUAACACCAUAUUCGAUCAAAAGAGGGGAAACUUUGUAUCUACAUGCCAUUAUCUUCAAUUAUCUGACUUACAAUAUCCCGAUUCGCAUAACUUUGGGAACUAGUGAGGGUCUCAAACUAGUCGACACAAAAAACCGGAAAAGCUUCUCUUACUGCAUUUCGAGCAACAAUACAGCGACACACAUUUUCGAAUUGAAGGGAACUGACGUCGGGAAUGUUAAUAUUACUGUGGUGGCAGAGCUGGACCCGAAUUUCCCCGGCCAUUGCGGCCCCGAAAUCAUAAUCAAUAAAAGAGACGUCGUUUUUAAAACACUGAUAGUCGAGCCCGAAGGGCACCCAAUCACUGCGACCAAAUCGGCACUUUUAUGUGCCACAGACAAUAUCACGUGGGAGCUUCCAGUCCCGAAUGACGUUGUUGCCAAAACGGCCAACUCGAAACUGAUCCUCAACGGUGAUAUUUUGGGCCAAACAAUCCAAAACUUGGACGACUUGAUUGCAAUGCCAACGGGAUGCGGUGAACAAAUCAUGGCCAACUUGGCCCCCAAUAUAUACAUUUUAAAAUAUCUAAACGAGACCAAACAACUAACAUCGAGUGUGCGGCACAAAAUCGCGCGGAAUUUGAAAAUCGGCUACCAAAGAAUUCUGAAUUAUAUUCACAAAGACGGCUCGUUUUCAGCGUUCGGGUACCACGAUUCUUCAGGUUCGAUGUUUUUGACGGCUUUUGUGGUCCGGACGUUGCAAGAAAUGAAAAAAUUGGUUUACGUCGACCAGAAAAUAAUCGAGCGGGCUGUGUUAUGGAUUUUGAGCCACCAGCUCGAAAACGGCUGUUUUAGCACCAUGUCGCACGUAUUUCAGGAUAUGGGCGGCACGAAUAGUGAGAAUAGCACGGCUGCUCUCACAGCCUACGUGAUAAUUAGCCUUCUGGAUGGCAAUAUUGACGUUCCUGAAGCGGUGAAAACUAACGCAAAAUAUUGCAUUCGCGGGUAUUAUGACCUUGAUAGGUACACCCUAGCCAUAAGUUCGUACGCACUUUUGAAAAUAAAUUGGUUCAGUGAGGCGGAACGAAUGCUGAAAAAACUGUUCCAAGUGUCGAGUCAUAAAGACAACAUGAUGUGGUGGACUAAUCGAGAAAUCAACGGGUCCGAGGCAAGUGAUAUUGAAGUCACAAGUUACGUCCUCCUGGCUUUAAUUCAACAAAAAAACGAGGAAAAUUUAGCCAAAGCUCACUCGAUCGUCCAGUGGUUGUCCACAAAGCUAGGACAUCGAGGAGGUUUCAAAACUACCCAAGACACUGUUGUGGCUUUGGACGCAUUAACAAAAUAUUCCAAAUUUUUGAGUCACAAAACCGACAUAAAUAUCAACGUUGUGGCUCUGGAAUCGGCGCACAAUUUCGUAAUAACGGACAAAGAUCGGCUCAAAUCCAAAAAAAUCGUUUUGAAAAAUCCCGCAAAUAAAGUGCGAGUUGAGGUCCAAGGGCAUGGGUGUGUUUUAAUACAAGCGAUAACUUCGUAUAAUGUCAAGCAGUUACGAAAUGGUGAUGCUUUUAAGCUCGAUAUGGAGGUCUUGCCGGUGUCAAAUAUCGACAAGUGUUCAAUUACAACUUUAUCUCCCUGUUUUAAGUACAAUGGACCUGACCACAUUGCUAAUAUGGCCAUUCUGGAAGUGGGUCUUCCCUCAGGAUACCAAGCCGAUCGGGCCUCACUUUACAAACUUAUCGACGAGUCAAGCGUGAAAAUGUUUGAAGAGUUGGAAGAAAAAAUCGUGCUGUACUUAACAAAACUCGGAAACCGCCAAAUGUGUGUCAAUUUCAACAUCAAUGAAAAUGCCAUUGUCAAAUCACGAUCCAACUCAACUGUUAAACUUUACGAUUAUUACAAACCGGAGUAUCAAGUGUCACAAUUUUACAAAAUCAAGGAAAAUUGCACAGUGAAUAGCACAAUUCCUGCCAUUUCGCAAAAUGUAAGCACACCGAUUGAAGAUAAAAGGAAGAAAUUGUCCAAGAGAUAAUCGCCGGGAAAAAAGUCCCACCAAUUUAUUCACAUUUAUUUUUGUACUUACCAAAAGUCAUGAACUGAAAAUAUUAAAAUAAAACUACAAUAAUACGUAAAA